GUUCUGAAACUCGUCUUUGUAGCCAUUGAUAGUUAUACACUCCAGAUGUUUGAUUAUAUGUCUAACUAUACUUUGAAAUCAAAUAUUAAAAGACUGCAUGACAUAUGAAGGAAAAAGUUAGUUCAUUUUCGAUAAUUGGAUAAUAUCCAUUCUUCACGUUCUCAACAAGCGGAGGACAUACAAACUUGUCUUAUGAAUUAAGAAUUUUUUCUUGUUCUGGAGAUUACUUGGAUAAUUACUGUGGUGUCUGAUUAUUUUGUGGCAUGCUAUCAAGUUAUUGUUUUGGAUCAUGGGUUUUACAUAAUGGUUCUCUUACCAUGUAUAAGUUUGUUACACAUGAGUUAUAAAAUGGGUGUUUUAUAUGUGCGUCAUUUUGAUAUAAAUGCUUUUUUUUUAAUUUGUUUUAUGACUACGCUACGCAUAAUUCGAUUCGGUGUUACAAUCUUGUAAAAAUAUUUUGCAAUAAGCCUCAGCAUGGUCAUUGUAUAGAAAUCAAUGCAAAACAAUAAAAUCAUACACUCAUAUUUCAUGAGAUUAUCAGAUGUACAGCUUUGCAUUCAUAUUCAUUUUUCUACUGGUAUCUUAAAGAGAAGAUGACGUCGACAACAUCAUGCAAACACCAUAAGCUUGAAGUAUGAGGUGUCCAACGAAUGAUGAAACUUCAUUUCAAAUGCUUGGGUACCUAGGAACCAAUAAUAUGAAUUUAUAUGGAUUUGCCUAAUAAAUAUUUGGAAUGCAUGCGGUUCGCAAUUGCUCUAAGUUGUUUUCUAUUCCCUUCUUUCUUCCAUGCUUGUUUUGUUUUCAAUCACUUUCAAGAUGGCUUCAAGCGGGGAAGGGGAAGCGGCUGAAAUUGUUGCAUUUAUGAAGAUGGCAUUAAAACAGGCUAAGAUUGCAUUUGACAGCCUUGAAGUGCCUGUGGGCUGUGUGAUUGUUAUGGAUGGGAAGGUCAUAUCAUGCGGAAGAAAUCGGACUAAUGAAACAAGAAAUGCCACAAGACAUGCAGAAAUGGACGCUAUUGAUGUUCUACUUGAGCAGUGGAAAGAAAAGGAACUUACAAAGGCUGAAGUUGCUGAGCUGUUCUCAAAAUGCUAUCUUUAUGUUACAUGUGAACCAUGUAUAAUGUGUGCGGCUGCCUUGUCAUUUCUAGGUAUAAAAGAGGUCUACUAUGGCUGUGCCAACGAAAAAUUUGGAGGAUGUGGAUCAAUAUUAUCCUUGCAUACAAGUACAUCUGAGAUAUCAACAAGUGGUGGACAAGUUGAGAGGAAGAGUUACAAAUGCACCGGUGGGAUAAUGGCGGAAGAAGCAGUGUCUCUCUUUAGAAACUUCUAUGAGCUUGGAAACCCUAAUGUUUCUUUGUUGCAGCUCCAAAACCUCACAGACAGCUGGUUCAACAACCAUGAGGAAUAUAGACAUUUGUUUGAAGAAAAGGCAUGUUUUUUGCAUCUUGCACUUGUUAUUAGGAUGGAUAAUCUGUAACAACCUGUCCCACAUGGAUAGGUAAGUAGAUUUUUUUUUUAAUUUCUUUUAAGUUCAAAAUUAUAGGUUAUCAAAUAGCUUUCAGCAUGAUUUUAAGUUGAAUUCGAAAGUUAUUAGGUCAGCCUACUGCUUUGAGCUUGGGGGAUUGCAUAAUCACAUGCACGAUUAUAAUUUGCAAGAAUAAAAAAAAUAGCAAAUGUGGUAUUCAACAAUUAGAGAUUUUUAGGUGCCGUUUACCAAACGCUUACCAACAUGAGUCAAAGCCCUUAUUUACCUUAUCAGGUAACAUUCGCGGCCAUCAAAAUGGAUUGUUGGUAAGCGUCUUUUACUCAGUAAGCACUUAUUGGGUAAGAGUCUUCUCCUUCACUUACUGCAUAAGAUUUUUGGUCCUUACUAUGUCUUUUACUAGAAAAGUCUUGCUCACUCGCAAGGUAAAUGACACACAAUAGGCAUUUAUUGAGUUAGUAUUUUAUAACUCUGAACUUUACCAUGCUUAACUGUCUCCAUUGCUUGAAUUUGAGAAAAGCACCAAGUUGCUGCCACUUUC